AUGGGCAGCGUCUGCUCCUCUGGCGAGGAUGCCAGGCACCAUCGUGAGAACCACAAGAACCGCAUCAACCCCACCGAGACCUACGACAAGUGGCAGCAGAAGAUGCUGCUUGACAUCGGUGCCGACCCGCUGGCUGUCAUUCGAGACUUUCCACGCAUGACAGUGUUCGUGCACACCAACACGUCCUGCCACUCCUUACAGGAUUACUACCACCCAAUCAAUGAUUGCACUGACGCAGCGUUGAACAGGAAACCGCAGCAGCAGGAGCAGCCACGACUGCAGUCCCCUAUCAACCCACUAGUCCCUCGGAACAGAAGUCAGUCACAUCCUAAUGUCGGAGCAGAUGCUGCUGAGCACGGCGUCGGUGGUGCAGCGGGUAUGGAAGGCGAGUCAAGGCAGCAACAGCGCCGCCGCAAGCGCAUGGAGAAGUGCAGCUCUUCAGCACUGCACAUGGAUACAUCAACCGGCGCUAAGGUUAAUGCUAACGCCAGUGUUGCAUGGACCUCGCCGACGGCGUCUCCGUUAGUACCGCCUCGCUCCCCUUCCAACCUGAUGCCUCACGGCAGCACCAAGUCUCAGCGUCCCAGCCGACAAGAACUGUCCCUCGGCGACGACGUUUUCGCCGCUCGCAUGCAACGUGUGCGAGAUUGUGUGCUGCUGUUGUCAGAGCUGUGCAACGAGCGUGCAACGUUCGGCGCUUCUUUUGAGAGCUCCUGGGACCGUCUCGUCAUGCACGGUAGCGGUGGUGGCCGUGGCAGCAACGCGGCCAACGAGCCUUCCCCGGAGCCAACGCACCAUAGCCGUCCACCGUCCUCGGCCAAACAAGUGCGAAAGAAAUCCAUCACGCUUGACGUACACCAAAUCCUGUUAAACGCCUGUGUGGACAGCGGCAUGCUGAUGCUGGUGGAAGAGACUAACUCCGCUCCGACUCUCGCGUCCCCGCUGCUCGGGUCUGCCCAGCCACGGCUUGGUGCGAGCGCGCUGGCGCCUUUGUCGCUGCAACCGUGUACGCCACCAGGGCUGGUGAACCACACUUUCCAGCCAAACACAUCGAGUGCAUCCGGGCUACAGCCGGGCUCGGCAAACACGACAACUGAGCUCACUGCUGGCGGGGCAACGGCACCGAACCACAGCGCUCUCAGCAGUGACCACCCGCCGAUGCCUGAAGCGGGCGCUGAUCGGCAGCAGCGAAACCGAGGCCCUGUUGCCAGCGCGUCAAGCACCCCCGCAUCUAUGGUGCGUCCCAGCCGCGCAACCGCGCUCAACACGACGCCAGGCCGCUACAUCGUGCGCAGCGCCACCUUCCACCUCAUGCAGUUCACUACGCAAGGAGUAAUGUUCUUCCCGGUACAGCGGCUGAAGCACAUUCUAUGGAUGCCGUGGUCCUCGCACAUGCAAGAUGUGGCGUGGAUGAUCCACUUCCACGUAGUGGAGGCCACCCCAGAGAACUUAGCUGCAUGCAAGCAGCACCAUCUCAAUACACUGUGCAACACCCCGACGUCCCUGCUGUCGCCGCACGCAGACUCGGAGGUGGAAGCUGUCAUCGCUACAGUGGCAGGGGUGUAUGGUCACCGAAACUCGCUCUCGGAGACUCGGGCGUUAAAGGGUGGCACCGCCGACGCGGAGGGGGGGAAGCUGCCUUCUAUUUCUGACGCCGAUACGCACACGGGCAGAGGGCACAGCACCUGUGGAGCAGACGCCGCUGACGGUGUGCGCAACGGCAAACUCAUUUUGAUUCGGCACAUUCAGACAGGACGGCACUACGUCGUGGACAGCGAGCGCAAGACGACGCCGCGGUAUGAGUUGGACUGGGCGUGCAACAUUGUGCUCGACCAAGACACUCUACUCAAGGUGUUUGCACCGUAUCAGGAGUACGCCGCCGCUGCGAGGGAUGCGGCAGCGGCGGCGCCGUCAGCCCCUCUUUCAUCGCUGCGCAACCCGAUUGUGGCGCAGAAGAAGACCACUGAGACCGCCUAUUCAGCCUUGCAUGCGCAUCAGCACCCGUGCGACAACAAUUAUGAAACUGUCAAUGGGGACGCGCCGACGUCAGACACAACGUCAGACAAUGUCGCUGAAAUGGCGUUCCCACGUAGGCCGGUGGCAGUGCCAGCCACUAUGCUUGACCCGGAGCUACUUACCCUAGAUUUUGGCGUACGCGCGGCACAGCAGCCGCUGUUGCUGAGGCGCGAGGUGGUGUGUGCAUCUGUAGAAGUCCUCGCCGCCCGCAUGGAGAAGCCGCCUCACACGCUUUUCAUGGUAUCCCCCACAUGGUGCAAGCGCAAGGAAGAGCUUGACUACGUGUUAAAGCAACAGUACAGGGUGCAGCUGGCGAAGGUGAAUGAGCUGCCUAAGAAGAUGCUGUAUUAG